AUGUGUGACUAUACUUACGAUACACUCGUCGCCACCACUGCUCAUUGUGUCUCUCCCAAAGACCAGGGUAAUCUUCCGGCACACAAUCCUUUGAAAGAACAUAACUUACCAUAUGGCGAUUACAUGGAUGUGCCGGUGAGGGCCAGCUAUAAGAUUAUGGGCAACGAUGACGACGGCUUCCUCGAGGACGGCAUUAUUGGCGAUUACAUGGAUGUGCCGGUGAGGGCCAGCUAUAAGAUUAUGGGCAACGAUGACGACGGCUUCCUCGAGGACGGCAUUAUUGUGAAGACGAAGGGCUCGGGUUAUAUCGACCCCCGAUUCAAAAACAGAGACACCAGAGACUAUAGAAGCAGUGCUUCCCAAGUAAUCUACGGCCGACCGGAGCUCUUAAGUUUGGAUGAGACAAUAGGUCCGCACCAUUGAAGUCACCAUUUGAUCGCAUUUAUCAACAUUUGUUAUAAAAUCAAACCAUUUAUUCAACAAAAGUAUAUUAUCAACAAUUCAUCGCUUCAUUUGAUACACAAAAUGACCAUUUUAUUGUAAAUCAAGAAAAAACGACACAAUAUUUUAUGUAAAUUUUAUAAAACUUUUUUUUACAAAAGCACAUUUAAUACA